AUGCCCCACUUGCCACUGCUGCUAUCGUUUUGUCUUGUCGACUCGGCGUACGGAAUCGUCGCAAAUCCGCAGAAUCCCAAAUCUACGCACAUUCACAGAUACGAGCGCCGAGGGGCACACAUCAAUUUGGAACCUAGACCCGCGAUCCACGGAAUUUCGCAGAUCCGUUGUUCGGAAGGCGAUGGGAUGCGAGGAGAGGAUAAGCUGCGCACUAUAAGCGACGCAUCUACAUGCGUCGUCUUGACGUCAGUGUCCCAACAUAACACAGAAGCACUAAGGAUACUUACGAAAUACGGCCAGGCUCUAUUACAGCCCUGA